AUGGCCGCUGCUGCCCCUGCCGGGUCUUCGAAAAGGAAGCGUGGAGAAGAAGACAUUGCUGUUAGCCCCAUCAAGUUCUCAUUUGAUUUUUGCAGCACCAACUCCACCGACGAUGGAAGUGGCAGUCCACGAUCCAAGGUCGCACAUCGCUUUCGCGGCCUCGCUCUCGAAAGUGGGGGCGGGGUGCAGGACGACGAUGAUGACGAUGACGACCGCAGUACAAAUGCGAUGCGAAAACGCCUGAAGCUGGAUACAGUAAUGAUCGAUGUUGGGAAACCCGGUCCCCUGCAACCAGGGCGAAAGCCCACUUCUCCAACUCCUCCCAGCCGGCACGUUGGUUUCGAGACCCCAGCUACCACCAAAGUAAAUUGUCCUUUCCGAUUACCACCAUCCCUGGACAACGACGCCCAAGAUUCAACCACGACAGCAAAGUCUCCACGACGCAAAAGAGCCAGCACGCCGCCGCUCAAGUUGAACAAGUCACUGAUGCCAGGCCAAAGGACCGCCACCAAAGACGGUCAGAGCAAGGACGGCAACGACCUGGAUGUUGCCGUCGUGGAUCCCGUCCGAGCAGCGUUGACUUGGCACGACGAUGAGAUAACCGUCUAUGAUCCGGAUGAUGAAGACGAUGACGGAACCGGCGUCAAUGGUAUCGGCUUCAGACCAACCCCAGCAAUAGCUCACUCUAGAGCCAUGAGAAGAAGGCAGCAGAUGGAGGGGUAUCGCAAACGGGAAGAGGGCGAGGCUAGAGCUCAGCGCAACAUACAACGGCGAGGAGAAGAAUCCCUUUCUGCGCGACCAAAGAAGAGAUCCCCUGCUCGAAAAGUUCAUUUCAUUGACCCGGAUAGGCAAAAUAUGGCCGUGCAAAUUCAGUGA